ACCCUCGGAAACACAUCGAUUAACGUAGCUGAAAAUUGUUUUAUGUUUAAUUAAAGACAGACGAAUAAUAGCAUAGCUGUUUGGUGUUAAAAGCGUUAAGUCGUCGGUGACAUUUUGUACCCAGGACUUUGGUUGUUGUUGAUUUUCUGUAUCAAUUACUUACUCCCUGAAAAGGAAAGGAAUUUGUUAGUGCUUUUGUGCGAGAAACUCACUUUUCAUCGCUGGGUGCAUAGGGAAAAAUAAAAUUCUGGACCAGCCGCAACAUUUGUCAGUAUGACGACCAAACACAUUUAUUCCACGACCAAUUUAUCAGAUCUGCAGUUGAAGGAGCAGGGCAAUUGCCUAUUUGCAGCCCGAAAAUAUGACGACGCAAUAAAUUGCUAUUCAAAGGCCAUCAUCAAAAACCCCACAAACGCCACAUACUUCACAAAUCGAGCUUUGUGCAACCUGAAACUAAAGCGAUGGGAGCUUUGCUGCCAAGAUUGCCGGCGAGCCCUGGAUAUCGAUGCAAAUUUGCUAAAGGGACACUUCUUCCUCGGCCAAGGUCUAAUGGAAAUAGAUAGCUUUGACGAGGCCAUAAAGCACCUUCAACGGGCCUAUGAUCUAUCCAAGGAGCAAAAGCAGAACUUUGGGGAUGAUAUUACACUACAAUUGCGACUAGCUCGCAAAAAACGUUGGAACGUUUUGGAGGAGAAGCGCAUUCAUCAGGAAAUUGAACUGCAAAGCUAUUUGAACCGGCUUAUUAAAGGAGACAUGGAAAACCGUUUGGCUAAUUUAAAACUGAAUGAAAAUGUACAUGAAGAACAGCUGAAGGAUAAGCAACAGGAAAUUGAACAAGAGUGUGACGACCAUAUAAAGGAACUCAACAAUAUAUUUUCUAAAGUUGAUGAGCGCCGAAGGAAACGCGAUGUUCCCGAUUUUCUGUGUGGCAAAAUUAGUUUUGAAAUAUUAACCGACCCUGUGAUAACUCCAUCUGGAAUUACCUAUGAACGCAAAGAUAUAGAAGAGCAUUUACAGCGGGUCGGACAUUUUGAUCCUGUGACACGCGUGAAGCUGACUCAGGAUCAACUAAUACCAAAUUUUUCAAUGAAGGAAGUGGUUGACUCUUUCAUCGCAGAGAACGAAUGGUCUCUAGAUUAUUGAGUUAUGGUAUUGACAUUAUCAUUGUAAUUGAAUAGAUGUUAGAACCCAGUUCCCAUUGUCUAAAAACCAGAUUAGUGAUAAUAAAUGUGGAUCUGUAACUGA